AGAUUCUACCUUCCAGCUCUCUAUAAUGUCUGGACGUGGUAAACAAGGUGGCAAGGCUCGUGCCAAGGCCAAGACCCGCUCUUCCCGGGCCGGCCUACAGUUCCCCGUGGGUCGUGUGCACCGGCUGCUCCGCAAGGGCAACUACUCGGAGCGGGUGGGCGCCGGCGCCCCGGUGUACCUGGCGGCCGUCCUGGAGUACCUGACGGCCGAGAUCUUGGAGCUGGCGGGCAACGCGGCGAGGGACAACAAGAAGACGCGUAUCAUCCCGCGCCACCUGCAGCUGGCCAUCCGCAACGACGAGGAGCUCAACAAGCUGCUGGGCCGCGUGACCAUCGCACAGGGCGGCGUCCUGCCCAAUAUCCAGGCCGUGCUGCUGCCCAAGAAGACCGAGAGCCACCACAAAGCUAAGGGAAAGUGAGACCCUUUGUACAAAGCACUAUAACCAAAGGCUCUUUUCAGAGCCACUCACUUUCUCCAAAAAGAAUUGGACGCUGCCAAAAAUGUUAAAUUGUAGGAAUUUUUGUGUUUUGCCCCGCCAUUAAUUUUUGAAAACAAUUUUACCUCGGUUGUAUCAAGGGUUCCUUUUCCCCAUACAUAAGCUAAAUAUUCUUGGUAUAGUUCCUAGGGCUCCUGGAAGAAUUCUCUGGCCCAGUAGUACACAAAAGCAGACCCACCCUUUAGUUCGAGGUCUCAACUCUGCAGGGUGAAUCCCAAGACAGGACUACACAACGAAUUGUCUCGAGAAGUGUUCCUUUUACACUUGGAAGACAGCACACACUAGAAAACAACUAAUCACUGUACAAUUCUCACCUUAAUACUGCUUAUGUGCAUGAUUGACAAGUCCUUAUUGCCAUUUGACAAGUACAAGAUCAGCUAAGGGUGUUAAAUCAUUUGGUUACCAUCACAGCUAAAAACGUUUCCACUAGACCUCCCCACCUCGCUCUGCAAAUCCCAAGGGGUCAAUGCCUAUCUUGUAGGUAUCU